CUAUCGCGCUUCAACCCCGGAUGGAUGACUUCACCGCUCUGCCUGGGUUUCCUUUAUGAUCCCGGGAUCUCCCACAUCCCUCGCCAGACAUCAGCCAGCAGCACAACUGAACGCAGCUCUCUCUCUCUGACACCCUCUCUCUCCCUCCUCUUUCUCUCUCUCUCUUUUUCUCUCUCUCCCCUUAACGCACAAACACCUACUCUGGCUGCAGCUGCACCGCAUACAGAGACCGCAACGCACCGGGUUCCACUCUCAGAGAAAAACCCUCCUGCAGGAGACAAGCGGCUGCAACUUGCGCGAAGAGGGAUCUAAAUUUCCCCGAGGAAGGAAGUCUGCUUUGUGUUGCUCCUUUCCGCCCCCCCCUCUUUUCUAAGCGGGUUAGCUCUUCUAUACGUGCCACAAUGUCCGAGGUGCUGCCAUACAACGAGGGCAAAAUGAGCGGCUACGGAGCGGACAGCGAGGUCAGCCAGAUGUCCUUUAGCUGCGGACUGCAGGACACAAACGCCUUCUUCGCUGCGUCGCAGGCGAAAAGACCCCCAAAGCUGGGACAGAUCGGCAGAGCCAAGCACGUGGUCAUCGAGGACGACCGAAUAGACGAGGUCCUGAAGGGGAUGACGGACAAGUCCUCACCUGGCGUUUAAAGCGUCUCCGAUGGCCUUGCAGACUUUUUUAAUUUCCGAUCACCCGAUUUGAAGCACUUGUCGGCUGUGCAUGUUCGAGGAUUGCAGGAGAGUGAGUAAGAAGAAGAAGAAGAAGAAGUAAACACGGGCAGCUCUGAACGACGAUGGGGAUUCUGAAAGAAGGAGAAAAAAGAAGGGGAAAGGACAAAGCUUUGAGAGGAGGGAAAGAAAAAGGAAGAGGUGAAGAAAGACUGGUGGACUCUAAGAGGAGGGGGAGAAAAAAAAAAUAAAGACCAAGAUUUAUUGUGGGAUUGCUGGCAAUUCUCCAAAAAGAAUCCCGAUUUUAACUACCGAUGCGCAGCAGGAUGUUGAGAUGGCUGCUGCGCAUCUCAACCUCUGCUGACUUAAAAUAAUGGAUGAACUUGUCGUUUUCCUUCACGAUCAUCUCUUUCUGUUUUCUUUUUUCUAGAAAUAUAUAUAUAUAUAAAUAUAUAAAAGCGCUGUAAACAACAAAACACUGCAACUAUAGAGGGCGAAGCUAAAUCCCAGCCCUAUUUCAAUAAGUUGUACAGUAGGUGAAGCUAUAAGCUCUUAAAACGCCCCGCCUCCCCCUUCCUUCCUCAGCCCUCUAGGCUUUGCUUUGUUGAUCCAGUCAGCCACGGCGCAUUUUAAGGGAGCUGUCCUUUCAGCACUGAUCCAAUGCAUCCCCUGUUGCUGCUAAUGCUUUCACAAGAAGAAGAAGAAAACGAACAGAUGAACCAAACUUUAUUAAAGGAGACUCAUUAUAUGUAUAAAGACAUAUUAUCCGAGGAUGGUGCAAUGUUGAUAUCUUCUGUAGUUCACCCUCUUCCCCAUCCCCCCCCCCUUCUUUCCCUGUUUGUUUCAGCGUAUAAACAGCAGAGAAACAGACCACAGUGUUCAUCUUGCAUUAUCCCCUUUGGUGGUGAAUGGUGCAGGAUGGCACCUCCAUGUAGCUGAUUUAAACCUGCACAUAUCUCAAUUUUUUUUUCUUCCGUUUCUCAUCUUCUUUGUUUGUUUUGCAACUCUUCAGAUAUCCACAGAGGCCUCCGCGGAUGUGGAAAUUCCAGGAAAUAGUUUAAAUAUUGGUUAUGUAACUGAUGGGGAGUUAUACAGUUUUGAAAAUUUAUGUUUGCAAUUCUCUGUAGAGUUAGAAAUCUCUCCCUCCCUCCAGCCUCCAUCUAUUUUGCAUGAACUGUCCCAUUCUGGUGCCAACGCAGGUACCGCCACUCGUAACCCUGGCACGCUUCUUUUUAACAACAACGACGACGACAGAAAAGUCAUAUUUGUAUUUUUAUAUCUAAAUAUUUGUUAUUUGAAUUAUAUGCUAGUCUCUCGUCUUACGGUUCAUCAACAACAAUAUUUGUACUUCAGAGAGGGUUUGAUUAAUGUGACUGGGCCUCACACUGGCUAAUCUCAGAGUUUAGUGGACCGGUCUCGUUCUAUAUCAAAGGUCAGGCAUUUUUUUAAAGACUUACUGAAUGUGUCUGGGUUUUUUGCACACAUCAAUGUUAAACUAUUAUUAAGAAAUCGUAUACUGUGAGUUCAGCUUCGUUGAUGAAUUUGUUAGAAAAAUAUGGCAGUUUUAGAGUAUAUUGCACUGUUUACGAUUAUCCUCAAAUAACGCGUUGUUAUUUGAUCAAUUUUGAACAUGACAAGUUAUUUUUGUUUGUUUGGUUUGACUUAUUUAUUUUUAUUUUGUACCAUACUUUUCAACAAAUGGUUGGUUGUGCAUGAAACCUUAAUAUUUUCAAAUAUUAAAAAAAAAACAACAACAUUGUUUUAUGAAGCAAAAAAGCAACAAAAAUGUCAUGACAUUCUAAGAAUGAGUCAUUGUAUAUUAUGAUGCCAUUUUCACUGUAUUUGGUGAAUUAAUAAAUGGUGACAGAAAAUGUUAA